AUGGCCGCCGCCGACACCUCGUCGACGGAGGUGGACUGGUCCAACCUCCUGGACGACCUGCUGGGCAUGAUCCGCUCGCGAGUCGCUUCCCACCGCGGCCGCAUCCGCUUCGCCGCCGUCUGCAGAUCGUGGCGCGCCGCCGCGUCUCGGCACCUGGCGACGCCGGCGCUCCCGCUGCUGGUCCUCUCACUCCACGUCUGGGGCGAGAGAAAGUACGGGGAACUCUACAGACAGAGAAAGCAACUCUACUGCCCCGAGGAAGGCAAGGUUCUCCGCCUUUCGGUCCCGAGCAAGCUGCGCAACGCGCGGUUCUGCGGAACCUAUGACGGCGGAUGGAUUGCCGCCAUGAACAUAUGGGCCGCGGCGACAUUAACGAUCGUCAACCUCUUCUCCGGUGUCGAGGUCGCACUCUCCGGGAAGCAGAAGAGCAUGGCAUGGCAAGGCUACCGUGGAAAACAGAAGUUGAUCCGGAAAAUAAUCUUCUCCGAGAUCCCCACCUCGAGCGGCUGCGUCCUUGCCGCCUUGACCACCGACCAAGGCAAGGUGGCACUCUGCAGGGUUGGCUGUCCAGAUGAAGAGUGGACGAUCCUCGGAUGCGGCACCGAGGAGUUCAGGGAUGUUGUAUUCCACUGCGGGGCCCUCUAUGGCCUGACGCGGCGUAGCGAUAAAUUGUUCAAGUUUGACAUCGGCGUUUACAAAGAUGGGGCGCCCACCACCGCCCACCUAUUUGACAUCCAAUGGCACGGCAGUCCUAAUAGCACAAAGAAGUUCACCACCUACAUCUUCGGAUUACAUGGUAAGUUGGCGAUGGCGGUGAUGACCCCAUGGACGCGAAACCGCAAGCCUUUCUUCAAGGUCUUUGAACUUGCGGCCAAAGAUGCACACCACUAUGAACAGAAGGAAGUGCGUACCUUGGGCGAUUUCGCGUUGUUCUUGGGGCAAACAUGCUCCUCCCGGAUGGUGCAUGUACAAACUGGCGGGCGCGGCAUUGUAAAGAAAAACCACAUCUACUACUCAAAGUAUAGCUAUACGAUGAGUAAUGAGCAACUAGAGCUCUGGGAAACCCAGCUCCUCAUCGUGUCCAUCGGCCCUCCCGACUCCAGCCCGAUCACCAACCACCACCGCGGCUCUGAUGGCCAUCCCUCUCACCGCCUUGCUCUGCAUGCAAUGGAAUGGCUUGGCGAGGGCGAUCAUGAGGACGGCGGAUACAAGGAGCUCUAG